CAUGCUGCGGUGUAUCCUUCGGCGGAUUCUCGGUUCUAGGAAGUUACUCAGCUUGUAUUAUCCGGCCGCGGCAGUGCUUCCCUGAUUCUCGAAAUGUUUGUUAGAAGAUCACUGAAAUUGGAUGGUCUGUUAGAAGAAAAUUCAUUUGAUUCUUCAAAAAUCACAAGGAAGAAAAGAAUUAUAACUUAUUCUCCAACAACUGGAACUUGUCAGAUGAGCCCAUUUGCUUCUCCCACAAGCUCUAAAGAACAAGAGCACAGAAAUGGACCAUCAGAUGGAAAGAGAAAAAAAUUGAAUUACCUCAGUUUAACUGAAAGAGAGGAAUCUACAACAAAAGAGGAUGAUGAAUUCAUGAUGUUGCUAUCUAAAGUUGAGAAAUCAUCAGAAGAAAUUAUGGAGAUAAUGCAAAAUUUAAGAAGUAUACAGGCUUUGGAGUGCAGGAGAGAGCUUGAAAAUCUCAUUGGUAUCUCCCUUGCACCACGUUUCUUAAAAAGAGAAAUGCAGAAAACCAAAGAACUAAUAACUAAAGUAACAAAACAAAAAUUGUUUGAAAAGAAGAGUUCAGAACUUCCUCACAAAGCAAACUCCUGCUCAUCCUUUAAGGUCAGCCUCAAAUGUCACAUUCUCUCUGAAGCUCUCCUCAGCUCUCUGAGAAUUAUAUCAUCCUGACAGCUAUGAAUUACUUAAAGCCAUUUUAAACUGAGGCAUUUAGAAGAAAUGCACUAUGACCACCAACUUCUGCCAUCUGCCUAGUCAUAUUUAAAGGAACAGAAGAAAUGUUUGUAAUUAAUCCGCCCAGUAAAUACCAGCUCAUAGCACUAGGCAGGUGCACAUCUAGAUAAAAUUUCUUGCAGCUAAUUUAAACUUUCUACACACACCAGUAGAUAAUCUCAAUGUAAAUAAUACAUUUCUUCUUGACCCUUUAAUGUAAGCCAACAUGUAGAGGAGGAUCUUGUCUUGUAUUCUAUGUCACAUAUAUUUCUGAAUGUAUUUUAGCAUUUGUGAAUAGACUUAAUAAAGCCCAUAUGAAAAUGGCAUCUUUGGCAGCGCUAUAUAUUUUCCUGAAACUAAGAUUCAAUGUAGUGGUGAACAGAAUUAGGCACCAGUUUCCCAUUUAAAGCCCCAGC